AUGAAGGUAAAAAGAAUUGCAGUGAUUGGUGCUGGGGUUAGUGGACUAGGCGCCAUUAAGAGCUGUUUGGAGGAGGGACUAGAGCCUACAUGCUUUGAAAAGGGCAGUGACAUCGGAGGACUGUGGAAAUACGAGGAGACAUCAGAAAGUGGAAGGCCUGGGAUAUACAAAUCUUUGACCUGUAAUACAUCCAAGGAGAUGACAGCCUUCAGCGACUACCCCUGUCCUGACCAUUACCCCAACUACCUGCACAACUCCAAAAUGAUGGAGUAUCUCAGGAUGUACGCCAGGCACUUCGGGCUCAUGAAACACAUCCAGUUCCGGACAAAGGUGUGCAGCGUCAGGAAAUGCCUGGAUUUUUCAUCCUCUGGUCAGUGGGACGUUGUGGUGGAGGCCGAUGGGGUGCAGAAAACCUAUAUCUUUGAUGCGAUAAUGGUCUGCAGUGGUCACUACUCUGAGAAGCAUUUUCCCUUACAGGAUUUUGCAGGAAUCAGCAAGUUCCGAGGCCGCUGUCUUCACAGCUGGGAGUACAAGCACCCAUGCAACUUUGUGGGGAAGAGAGUGGUGGUGAUCGGCAUUGGGAAUUCUGGAGUGGAUGUGGCAGGCGAGAUCAGCCGUGUCGCGGAGCAGGUUUUCCUCAGCACAAGGCGAGGGGCGUGGAUAUUGAAGCGGGUUUGGGAUCAUGGGGAACCCAUGGACGCCACCCUCUUCACCCGUUAUAACAGAGCUGUCGGGAAGCUCUGCCCCACACUCCUGCUCAACAGAAAGAUGGAGAAAAAGUUAAACAUGAUGUUUAACCACGCCAAUUAUGGACUGCUGCCAGAGCACAGAAUUUUUGAUGACCGAACGGUUCUCAGUGAUGACCUGCCAAGUCUCAUCAUUACUGGAAAAGUGAUGAUAAAACCAAAUGUGAAAGAGUUCACCUCAACAUCGGCCAUCUUUGAGGAUGGAACUGAGGAGAAAGUAGAUGUCGUCAUCUUUGCCACAGGCUACACAUUGUCAUUCCCUUUCUUGAAUGAUGACCCAGCAAUCCUGGACAGCGAGUACUCCAUGUUCAAGUUUGUCUUCCCUCCAGGGCUAGAUAAGCCAACUCUAGCCUUCAUUGGCAUCCUCCAGCCAAUGGGGGCCAUCAUCCCCACGUCAGAGAUCCAGAGCCGAUGGGCUGUGCGUGUGUUCACAGGACUAAAGAAGUUGCCCUCGGAGAAAGAAAUGAUGGCUGACAUCAACAGAAGAAAACAAAAAAUGGCAAUGGACACUAUGAAAAGACUCCAAGACACUCGCCGAGUCAAGUUCAUCGACUACAUGGAUGAAAUUGCUUCCGAGUUAGGUGUCAAGCCCAACCUGCUAUCGCUCCUCCUCUGGGAUACAAAGCUGGCCAAGGAGAUUUUCUGGGGACCCUGCACCCCAUACCAGUACCGCUUACAGGGGCCAGGGAAAUGGGCGGGGGCUCGGGCAGCCAUCCUCACUCAGAGAGACCGGAUCCUCAAGCCCCUGAGAACCCGGGCGCCCAAACACUCUCAGGCCUCCCUCUUUCACCUGUCCUGGAUGAAAAGUAUCUGUGUUGUUAUGUUUUUCUUUAUUUCCAUGUUAGGGAUCAUGCAUAUCGCCAGUCGCUAA